UACUCAGUAGUAGGCAGUCCUCUGGAGUGGAAGUAUGCAUGUGGAAAUGUUUUGUCCAGCCCAACAACUCUAAUGACUUGUGUGCACUUCCUUCACUCUGAAUUGUUGCUCUCAUAGAUCUGGCUGCAACACGGUUGUGCAGUUUGGGAGAUGAAAAAAUAGUUUUCACUAUGGAAUGGAUGUUAUACAGUCUUCAUGUGUUCUUCGUUGUUGAAUCCCAAGAAAUAAAACUUUAUUUUUAAAAACGCUUUAAGAAUCCUAAAAAGAUUACCUACUGGAAUUGGAUCCCAAGGAUUUAAUUCAUAUAAACUGGUAUAAAUAACAGCAGCCAUGCUUAAGCAGAUAUUAGCCGAUAUGUAUAUUGACCCAGAACUUUUAUCGGAACUUAGUGAAGAACAGAAACAGAUUUUGUUCUUCAAGAUGAGAGAAGAACAGAUACGGAGAUGGAAAGAAAGAGAGGCCAAUCAAAAUGAAGUGUUGGAGAAAUGCAACAAACCGAAAAAAGCGUCACACAAAUCGGUAAACUGGAAAUUUGGAGCAGAUGAAGAAGUGUGGGUCUGGGUCAUGGGUGAACAUUCAUUGGACAAACCAUAUGAUGAUCUCUGUGAUGAGAUAAUUUCAGAACGAGCACGCAAGCAAGCAGAAAAAGAAGCAGAGGAGCGAAGGAAAGGACAAGAGAAAAAUUUACCCCAUCUAACAGUGGCCCGGACAAUACGCACACAGAAUGAAACCGAGGAAACGUGGAAGAAAAAUACUGAAAAAAAGAUUACACCCAAAGAAGAAACUAAAAUGGCAGAAGAAAUUAAAAUAAAUCAGGAGAAUGAGAAAAAAUCGGCCACAAUGAAUUUACAAAUAAAUGAAAAUGAAAAAUUAGAGGAACGAACUAUGGAAAUUUACAUGAAUUGGAAAGAAGCUCAGGAGAUCAAACAAAAAUUGGAAAAAGAAGAUUCUGAGUGGCAAGAAACAUUAAGAAAAUCAAAGGCGGCUGAUCAGAGACGGAGCUCUAUGGCUAAACAGGCCAGGGACGACUACAAGAGGCUGUCAAUGCAGGCCAUUGAGAGAGGAAGUGUGGCUCAGAGGGCCAAAAAUUUUGGAGAAGCUAAACGACCCCCUUUACCACCAAAACCAAAGCCAACUUCAUCUACAAAUAGCAACUGUGGGAUCAGCAGGUCUGACAGAAGACCAGGUAUAAGAAGAUUAAAUUCUAGCUGCACACGUGAUAAUAUCAUCAAAUGGUAUAAAGAUGAGCAACUUCCUCUUUAUGCUGGAUGGGACAGAUCUGGAACCAGCAUUGCACCUUGGUUUCACGGCAUCAUCUCGAGACUAGAAUCCGAAGACUUUUUAAAAGGCCAGGCACCAGGAAGCUUUCUUCUUCGUGUCAGUGAGAAGAUCCAAGGCUAUGUUCUCUCAUAUCGCCAUGAAGAUGGAUACAUGCAUUUUCUUAUAGAUGCUUCUGGCACCUCUUGUGGCUUUUUGGGAGUGGAUCAACUACAGCAUGCAACUCUGGCUGACCUUGUAGAAUAUCACAAGACUGAACCCAUUACCUUAUUGGGAAAGGAACUGCUACUGUACCCAUGUGGUCAACGUAGGAACUCAUGUGACUAUAGAGACCUCAUACCAUAAAGGACUGGACCUUGCCUUCUCAUGACCAACUGCCUUGGGAACAAAAUACUUGCUGCCCCUUGUUAUUAGCCAGUAUGCCAAGAAACUAAUGGGAUUCUAUAUGCAGUGGUUCAAUGCCAAAGGAUACAUAAAUGACUGAAAUAGAUAUAUGGCUUUAUCUUUCAAUGCCAUGGUUUGAUAGCAGAUAGACUAUUCAUUGGACUUGCAUUUUGCUAUACUCAAACCCACACAACUAAAACAAACCCACUCAAGCUCGGGGUUUAAGUAAGGAAUGUUGUGUCAUCAGUGCACUGUAAUUAAAAUAUUUCUCCGCAAUAAAACAGAAAUUUUUUACUAGA